AUGCAGAGGUCCAAGCAGGACGAAUAUGUCGCGGUCGAGUCGAUAGAACUGCCGGCUUCCUCACAUUCGCAGCAACCGAUCAAUCAAGAGAAGCACGCCGAAGCUCCUCCGCUUGCGGCAGCAUGGCCCAAAGAACCCGUGCCCCUGGUGCCCGAUGCCAAAGCUCAGAUGUUCAUGUGGCUGUACGAUGGCAUCCUGCUGGCGGUCCCGCUAGUCCUCGUGGCCAAGAUCGGCCUGGUGAUCGGGGCAUGGAAACUGGAUCGACAACACCGCGGCAACGAGAUUGACCUGGUCAGCGCGCUGACGACCUUCUUGAUCGAAUUCAACGGCCAAAUGACAACGGCCUUCACCAUUGUCUUUGUCACAAUCAUCUCGACCCUGGUGCGGCGGUACGCUCUGUGGAAGGCUCAGACGGGGGCGCGAGUCUCGGACCUCGAGCAGCUCCAGGGCAGCGUCAGUCUUCCUAGCACGCUCAAGUUGAUCUGGUCUCUGCGCGCCUUCACCUCUAUGAGCGCCGCCCUCGUCGCCAUCUGGUCCUUCUACUACCUGGGCAGUCAGGCCAGCAAGCAAGAAUUCCAGAGGGUCGACUCGCGCGCCUAUCACAAGAUGGACGGGGAUACUGCCAGCGCGGGCCCGCUGUCGGGGUUCAGUUCUUCCUACGACAAUACAGAUCUCAGCUUCAGCAUCGAUGAAUUGAAUGCGGCCCUGAUCGCCGCCGUGAGCUUCACGAAGCCAGACUACGACUCGUCCACCGCGAUACCCAAGGGCACCGACUCGAUUGGCUCGGCGGUCCUCCCUGAUCUCAACGCCAUCAUGGACCAAGGCUGGUCGGUCGGCAGUGGGUUCGUGCCUCCUCAUCCCGGCCGUCACGGUUGGGUUAAUGUUGCCCAUCAAUCCCAACUCCAAGACUCGGACGACUAUUCGGCGUUUAUCGGACGUGGGACGUAUUUCGAGCUUAUCAGCGAUGCCGGGGGCGCGGCUGCCAUCCAGAUCAAUCAGUUCCUGGGCGAGUAUACGCUGCCGACUUGGUAUUUUGCUGUCAACUGCGGCCGUCCGACGAUACUGCCGUACGCCUCGUUCCCCAAAGGCACCUAUAUGAACCAGUCGGUUGCCUUCAACAUGACGCAGAUACGGUCGGACGCGCCGCGAGACAUAGCGGGCCACCCGCUGCGCGAGUUCGAACUGUCCACGCGGUGGAUCCCCUACAACGACCAGAGCAUCAUCUCGUACGGCAGCUCGCGACAGACGUGCAACAUCACCACGGUCAACGUGGAGAUGAAGGUGCACUGCGGCGUGACGGGGUGCUUCCCGAACAAGAUGCGGUACGCGAAGAACGCGCCGCGCGAGAACGCCACGUCCUUCAGCACGCCCUUCGACGACGACGCCUUUGCCGAGCGCUUCUUCAGCGCCCUCCUCCUCUCGCGCGGGCCCCAGCUGAACGUUUCUGCGCUGACCGACAUCGGUGACAGCUUGACGCUGGGUCUGCAGAACUUCCUCGGUGCGGCGCCGGGCACGCUAGGCGACGUGGCCACCAACUACGACGGCUUCCUUUCCGCCGAGUCGCUGCGCGGCCUCUCCCUGCCGCUGACGCAGUAUUUCAACACGUACUACCUGCUCUCGCAGGCAGUAACGGGGGUCACGCCCAGCUUCGGCACCGACGGCACCGACCUCUCACAAUUCCAGACGGUGCGCAUCCACGGCGCGCUGUACGACCCGCACUACGCGAUCCUGUGGGGGUGGAUCGCCGUCGACUUUGUCUCGUGCUUCAUCCUGUUGAUCGCGGCCAUCAUCGCCUGCUGGCUACGCAUCCACACGCUCGCGCCCGACAUUUUCGGCUACGUGUCCAGCCUGACGCGCGACAACCCGCACAUUGCUUUGCCGGACAACGGCACCACGCUGAACGGGUUGGAGAGGGCUCGGCUGCUGCGUGACGUGAGAGUCAAGAUCGGCGACGUGUCCUCGGCCGACGAACCGUUGGGGAAAGUCGGGCUGGCUCAAGUCCAUUCCGCGAGCGGGACAACGGUCGCGAACUUGAAGCCCACGGUGGCCUAUGUUUGA